AGCUACCCUCAAGUUGCAAAGGAGUUGGCCACGUGCCCCUUCAAUGCCCGCCACCUUGUUCCUCAAGCUGACCUGCGCGAUCACAUAUCAAAUUGCCGUGACAAAAGGCCCGUUGAGGAAGAUAUAGUGAGCGAGUCCAGUGACUUCCAGAGAAGGCAAAUGAAUACUGUGAGCGCGUGGCAGGCACCACCAUGCGAGGAAGACUGGGAUAGAGAGUCAUCGGAGAAGUUGACUUCUCUGUUUGUUCAGGGCGUGGUCAACUGUGGCAUAAACAGUAGCUCCUUGGAACAUAAGAACUGCCUGCCUCCAGGAUUACGGGCUCCUAAGUCCAUUCCACACGCCGUGCUGGAGAAGGCUGUAAGUAAUGUGUGUGCGGCCUUGACACUGUGAUUUCCGUAGGUGGUGACAGUUACCAACAUCUCCUGCCAUAGCAGCGCUUUAUGGCCAGCACUGUGUGGACAGGAGAGGUACUAUGUAAUACAUGCAGCCUUGAGAGCAACUUCCUAGGAAGUCUGGUGCAUGGAUCAUCCUCUGUAUCCUUUCUUUGAAGCAUCUUCUGUAUGCUUUCUCUUAUUUCAUAGUCUUGACAGGCCUUCUUUACAGGGGUGCCACCUUAAGCAGCCCCACUCCCCCACCACUUGGACUGCGUGUGUUAACAAGUGCCGCUAGGGCUGCUCAAGCGAAGGGGGGGGGGGAAGGGGGGACCUAUCAAACUACAUGGGGAGGUGGCAGGGAGAGAGCUUCUCUUGCUGGAGUGUCUGACACUGAAAUCACAGACCAUCGUUCACCACUAGCAGCAAAACAAAGGCUUAAAGGGGGGUUUGAGGAAAGAGGGGGGAAAAAG